AUGCCUGCCGUUAAGAAAGCCAAGAGCCCAGUGGCUGCACCCAAAACACCAGCAAAGGAACCUGGAACGACGCAUCCUAGCUACAAAGAGAUGGUAAAACAGGCCAUAACCGAUCUGAAGGAAAGAAAAUGUGCUUCGAAGAAAGCUAUUCAGAAGUUUAUACAAGACAAAUGGUCGAUCGAGGAAAGCAGCCGGAGUAAUGCCACCCUCAAUCGGACUCUUCGCUCGAUGCUGGAAUCCAAGGAGCUCCAACAUGCAGUUGGGCAGAAAACGACUGCUGCUCAGGGGAGAUUUCGACUGGCAGGAUCUGGACCAGAAGAAAAGCGAGGACGGCCGAGUAAAUAG